AUGAUAAAGAAGGCAAUGCUUUUAAUAAUGCUAUAUAUGGUGUUGGUUGUAAACGACUUAAUAUUGUAUAAUAUUUUAAGUAAAGCAAUAAUAAAGAAAUCAAAGAAUGUUUGGAAAUUAAAACAUAAACCAUUAAAAAAUAUAAAUUUAGAAACUUUAAAAAAUUAUUAA